CGCCCUGAUUUUAUUUGAAGUAAGGUAAACUGAAUCUGAACUUUUUUGUGUUUCAGUUGAAGUCGCAGGCAGAAGUGUGCAGUUUAUGCUGAAGCUUCUCAAAGACAUCAAUCCUCAAAAUGUACAUUUGAAAUGGACUCAAUUACUGGAAACAGAUCUGGAUAUUAGUGGCGGUGGCGCUAGUUGUGGAACCCCAUUUCACUCCCCCACGAAGCAGGGAGGGAUGGGCUGGUUGUCUCCAAAUACUUUAGUGGUGUCUGUAUGUCAGACACUGACGAGGAACAAAAGGAAAAGAAAUAGGAACAAGAGGCCAACAAGGAUGGAGGCGGAAAAUGACUACGGCAUGAUCGAAUCCUUAGCAACGAUGGUGGAGUGGUAUAUGGAGACUGUUGGUUUUGAAGACAGAAAACAGACUAUUCGUGAACUUACAGGCAGAAUGACUCUUAUCUCAAACCACCAUAAUCUAAAUCAAGACAAAUCUAACUUGGAGGAAAACCCACAAACUAGUUCAGUCACUUCCAAAGUUCCUUAUUUAGAACGAGGAAAAGAUUUGGCAAUAUGCAUUGUCCUACUAUUAACAUCGCUCAUUUCAAAGAACAAAACAAGCAUAAGUUUGAUCAAUUCAAAUAUAGAAUCACAGUCUGAAAAUGUAGAGAAAGAUGCUGAUCUGAAGUUGAAACAAGCAGAACAUGAAGGAUAUUUGCAAGUGGCGCGAGUGAUGUUGUAUGACGUCAUAGCAUCGAAAAGAAGUUACUAGUUAGAAGUGGUCAGUAUCGCAAUCUCACGUGUUCCUCAGUUGCUAAAGAAGCAAAUGAUUGAAAUGACCGCAGAAAAAUCAGAUGAGUUGUCGAUGUCGCAACUGGUAUAUGAAAGAGAGAAAGAAAGCGAGAAGUGUGUGCUCGUGUCUGCAAUGCAGUGCGUUCUAUGUCAAAGAUGGCAAACUGAAGAUGAUGGAACCGAAACAACUGAAGAUGAUGUGAAUAAAAAGAAACGAAGACAGAUGUUCGCGGGACUAGAUUUCACUUGUGAUUCCACUCCUUUCCAAAUGGUCAACCAAAUGGCCUUGGAGUACCUGUUUAACGUUGACUUUCUAAGUUCUAGUACCUCUCAAUUGCUAUUUGACUCAAAUCUACAACAAUCUAUUGAUGAUAUAACUAAAGAAGGAGCUACUGAUAAUGUUCUCUGUACAAGUAAAAACAAAGUUGUAACCCGCGAGAAUGAAAACUGGACUGAGUUCAUGUUCAGUUGUGUGAAAGCAUGUACUCUUUUGUUUCUGGAAUGUUCAUCGGAAGAACAGGAUGUUAUCUUGAGAGAAGUUGUCUUUCCUUCUCUUACGUCAUUCUCAACGUCAGUGCAACCUCUGCUGUCGUUUUCAAUGUCAUCGACAUUUAAAUGUCAUCGACAAGAAGAGUAUUGCAUGUGUCAAGAAUGCCUGUUAUUGGCUCAGUCGUCUAUCAGAAUCAUCGGUGAAAUAGCGCUGCCAUAUCUGAGUUCUCAAAUUGAGAGUGGAGCAGAAAUCAGAAGAGAGAUGAGGAUAGGCGAAGUAUUAUUGCCUGCCGUGAUCGAAACACUCAAUGUCACUCGUGAGAAAAUAUAUCACUCAGAGUUAGAACAAGUGCUAUCAAGAAAGCUUCAACAGUGCUGUUGCGAGAGUAUUUUGAAGAUGUUUCCUAUUGACAAGGAAAAAGUCACUCAGAUCUUCUCCUCAGACUCCACGGCAGAAAUUAUCCGCAAAUCAUCCCUCAUCCAAGUUCACCCCAGACACGUGGCCCUAUUCCAGGGAAAGAGCAAGAAACAAAAUCGCCAGCAGAGAAAGAGAGGCAACAAGAAAUGAAUAUUGGCAAGGAAUGGUGUCAUUAUUAUGCCGAAACGGCCUAUGUUUUGUCAGUUUCUCUGUUCGUUGAUUCAUCUUCCAAAUAUAUCUAUUUUUGCUAGAAUAGAAGUUAAUUUUGUUACGAAAA